CUGUCCUCGCUUCCGUCCACCCCCAUCCUACCUCUCCUCUAUCCUCCCCCACCACCCCAAGCUAAAUAGACACACACCCUCUUUCUAGCUGGUUCAGGGAGAGGAGCUGGGAGCAGCCUGAAAUAGGGGUGCCAAGGAGGUUUGGGCACUGUCGAUCUGGGGUCCCCCCCCCCAUAGGCGGAGCAUGAGAGGUGGGGAGGAGAAUCGCAGAGACCCACAGUCACCACGUUAGGAUCCUAUGAAGUGUCUGAAGGUUGUGAGAGGAAGAAAGGCCAGCGCUGGGGGCCCCUGGAACGGCGUGGAUUGCAAGCAAUGGAGGGGGAGGUGUUACUCCCAGCUCUGUAUGAAGAGGAAGAGGAGGAAGAAGAGGAAGAAGUGGAAGAGGAAGAGGAAGUAAAGAAAGGGGGCAAUGUGGGCUCCCUGUCAGUGGGUAAGCACCGGGGCCUGAGCCUCACCGAGACCGAGCUGGAGGAGCUGCGGGCUCAGGUGCUCCAGCUGGUGGCGGAGCUGGAGGAGACCCGGGAGCUGGCCGGGCAGCAUGAGGACGACUCUCUGGAGCUUCAAGGGCUCUUGGAGGACGAGCGGCUGGCCAGCGCCCAGCAGGCCGAGGUGUUCACCAAACAGAUCCAACAGCUCCAAGGUGAGCUGCGGCAUCUACGGGAGGAGAUUUCCCUGCUAGAGCGUGAGAAAGAAAGUGAACUUAAGGAAAUCGAACAGGAGUUGCACCUGGCCCAGUCUGAGAUUCAGACCCUACGGCAGGCUGCGGCCGACUCGGCGACGGAACACGAAAGUGACAUAGCCUCCCUGCAGGAUGACCUCUGCCGGCUGCAGGGCGAACUCGACGACAUGGUACGCAUCCGAGGGGAUUAUGAACUGGAGAUUGCCGCCCUCCGCGCCGAGAUAGAAAUGAAGUCCUCGGAAACAUCUGACAGCCUGAGUCUCUCCGAGUUUUCCGGGUUACAAGAAGAAUUGCAGCAACUGCGGGAUCGCUACCACUUCCUGAACGAGGAAUACCGAGCCUUGCAGGACAGCAACAGCAGCCUCACGGGGCAGCUUGCUCAGCUGGAGAGCGAGAGGACACGAAGAGCAACAGAGAUGUGGUUGGAGUCCCAGACGCUAAGGAGUAUGAUGUCAACAGAGUCUCAGACUUCAGAAAUGGAUUUCCUAGAGCCUGAUCCUGAAAUGGAGCUGCUGCGCCAGCAGCUACUGGGGGCCGAGGAGCAGGUGCAGAGCAUGCAGGACAAGUGUAAGGAACUAUGCUGUGAGCUGCAGGAGCUACACCAUCAUCGCCGGGUCAGUGAGGAGGAGCACAGGCGGCUGCAGAGGGAGCUCAAGUGUGCCCAGAAUGAGGUGCUCCGGUUUCAGACCUGCCACAACGUCAACCAGAACGAGGAGCUCAAGACCAGGCUCUGUGCCCUGCAGCAAAAGUACGAUGCUAGCCAGGAUGAGCAGACGGAGCUUCUGAAGGUGCAGGUGCAGCUUCAGAACGAACUCCGGCAGCUCCACGUCACCAGAGUCACAGAGGCCCAGAGCGAGAAGGAGUUGCAGGGCAGGUUCCAGAAGCUGCAGCUGCAGCACCAGAGCGUCACGAGCGAGAAGGACAGGCUGAUGGAAAUGCAGUGCCAGCUGCAGGAGGAGCUGCGCUGCCACGAGGCGGAGAUGCAGCGCCUCCGGGACAUGGUGAACUGCUUGCGCGAGAGCAAUGAGAAGAACGCAGGGAUUCAAGUUGAGCUUCAGGAGAUGAAGGGGCUGUACGAGGCCAGCAAGGAUGAGCUGGAGCGGCAGAAGCACAUGUACGACCAGCUGGAGGAGGACCUCCUGCUCUGCCAGAUGGAACUGCAGCAGCUUAAAACCAGCCAGCCGGAAGACAAGGGAAAGUGCACCAGCAACAAGUGUGAGGCGCUGCUGGCCAAGCUGACAGACUUGCAGAACAAGUUCAAAGCCACGCAGAAGCAGAUGGGGCAACUGCAGAUGGAGCAGUGCGAGCUCCUGGAGGACCAGAGGAGGCUGCAGGAGGAGCAGGGCCAGCUGCAGGAAGAGCUGCACAGGCUCACCUUCCCGCUGCCCAAAAGCGGCCUCCUGCCUAAGAGUCAGGAGUUGUUUGCAAAGUUGCAAGAUCUGUGCGAACUGCAGCUGCUCUACCAAAACAUGCAGGAGGAGCAAAAGAAACUGAUCCAGAAUCAAGAGUGUGUGUUAAGGGAACAGUUAGAGGCUCACAGAGAGCUGCGAGAUUUCCAAGACACUAAUUUCCAGCAAGUGUUGAGGAACUCUGAGGAUGCCAAGGGGCCUAAGUCCUCAAAGUCUUCUGAGAGCAAGUCUAAGGUGCUCAUGAGCCAGCUGCAGGCUCUGCAGACGCUGUACAGCGCCAGUCAGAAGGAGCAGGAGCUGCUGCAACAGGAGCAUGGGCGGCUCCUGGAGGAGCGGAAGAGGCUGCAGGCUGAUCUGCAGCUCUGCAUGGAAGAGAUGCAGUUGCUCAAGAUGCAGUCCCCCACCAUCAAGAUGAGCCUUGAGUCCUACAGGAAGAACCUAGACAGCACAGUCCCCAGCAGCGAAAACUUCCAGAGGAGCUACGACAGUACCAUUGAGGAAAACGAAGGCUACCAGAAGAGUUAUGUGAGCACUCAGGCCAGCAACGAAAGCCUCCUCAAGAGCUAUGACAGCAGCACCAGCGCCAACGAGGCCUACCAGAAGAGUUACCACUCGGGCAGCGGCAGCAGCAUUGCCAAUAAGAAAAGUUACGGCAGUCCUAGUGGCUCGGACGUCUACUACAAGAGUUACGCAAGCAGCAGUAUUGUUGAAGACCCGGCUGAGCCUGAAGACAUCGAGCACUUUGAGGAGACGGUGGCCAAGGUGCUGGUCAAGCUCCAGGCAGUGCAGGCCCUGUACCAGGUGAGCCAGGAGGACCACGGGCAGCUGCAAGAGCAGAUGAACAAACUGCUGGUCAAGCAGAGAGACCUGAAGGAGGAACUGGACAUCUGUGAAAAAGAACUCAAAGAGUGCAUGGAAAGCCUGGAGAAGUCAGCAGCCUGUCAGAAUGACAAGAACGAGAUCAAAGAACUGCAGGCCAAGCUGCGGGAGCUGCAGCUGCAGUACCAGGCCAGCAUGGACGAGCAGGGGCGGCUUCUGAUGGUGCAGGAGCAGCUGGAGGGGCAGCUGCAGUGCUGCCAGGAGGAGCUCCGCCAGCUCAGAGAGAAGAAGCCCCCUGUUGACAGAGAUGUCAGGGCCAAGAAUGGCAAUAAGAAUAUGAACAAGAAUGCCAAUGGAGUUAAAAACAAACGGGCGACCAAUAUGUGCCCAGAUAGUACCGAGAGUCUGGAGGUGGUAUUGUACUACAAGGCCAGCCAAAAUCAAUUAGAUGAGCUACGAAAAGAGGAGGAAAGAAAAGAGAUGGAGGAAGCAGAACAGAAAGAAAAAGAGGAAAACAAGAAGUUGGAGGUGCUGGCUACGAAGCCGGCAGAUCCUAAAGAAGCUAUGGCACCGAAAGACCAGGCAGAGGAGUUCGAAGAGUUCAAAGGGGAAGAGGAGGGCAAAGGAGGCGAAGAGGAGGGAAACCGUGACAGCUCUCCUGAGAACGCUGAAGAGAACCCACUCAGGCUUUCUGAAAGCAAAAAGAACAUGUUUGGGAUGUGGAAGCCUGUUGUGUUCUUGGCUAUUGCAGCUGUGGCUCUGUAUGUAUUACCCAACAUGCGCCCACAGGAGACAGAGUUCUGCCUCAUGGAGUGAUGGCAGACAUGGGCUUGCCCAGAGGGCAGAUCCCCAGCGGUCACCACCCUCACCUUUGGGCAGAAUUCCCUGUGCCAGCACCCCUACCCUACCCAUGUGCCCCCAUCUCCUUUGCCUCAGUCGCUCAGGCUAGAAAGGCUUAGGUGGCUGUUGGCUCCCACCUCCUGCCUUGUGUAAGAUUCUAGGUUCCUUGUAAUUAAAUAUCGACCUAAUUA